AUGCCUAAGAAAAAUGAAAACACCCUCAAGAUGUCGGGGAAGAUCAACACGGCCGAAGCCAAUGCCCUGGCCGCACUGAUCAAGCUCAUGCAGAAGAAUGCAGACCAGGUGGAGAAGGACAUCCUCCGUGCUGAAGACCUGCUGGCAGUGGAUGAUAAGAAUGAGAAGCUAGAGAAGCCACUUUUGCAUCAGACUGAGAUCUCAGAUAAACUGGGGGAAGCCGAGGGUCUCCUCAAAGACCUCUUCCUGGAUGUCGACAAAGCCAAGAAGCUCAAACAUCCGCAGGCUCACGACAUAGAGAGCGACGUCAUUCUUCUUCACGAGCGCUGGCUGAAGGACUGUGGCUGCUACAGAGACAUCUACGAGCAGAUCGACGACGUGUCUCUCAUGCCCAGGAUUGACUGGGGGCCUGUCUUUGCCAACAAGCAAAAACAGCUGGCAGAUGCAGACAAGUUUGGCCCCACGAUGGCCGAGCUGGAGCGGCAGAUUGCAGCACACAACAUUUUACAUAAAGAAGUGGAGGCCUACAGCCCACAGCUCUGCGUCAGCUCCGCCGGCAGCAAGGAAUCAUACACAGCCUUUAAGAAACAGUACAACAAUAUCCUCGAAAACUCAAAGUGGCGUGGGCAUUACCUGUCCAGCCUGUACGAGUACAUGCAUGGCUGCAACAAAGAGUUGGCGUUUCUUAAAGAGGAGCAGGACAAGAUCAAGAAACAAGACUGGAGCGACCGCAUGGUGGACCCGCCUGACGUACGGCGGCAAUACGAGAACUUCAAAAACAACAGUUUGCUGUCACAUGAAGCAGAGGUGAACAAGCUUCAAGAUGAAGGAGACAGACUCGUGGAGCUAAAGCAUCCGGCCAGCGCCACCAUCACGGCUCAAAGAGAUGAUGUUCGGAACGAGUGGCAGCAAUUCCUAAACCUGUGUAUCUGCCAGGAAACACAUCUGGAUAAUGUGGGGGAAUACAAGAAGUAUCAGUUGGACUGUGACCAGCUCUCUGAGACUCUGUCCCGACUCAACAAGACUUUGGAUCCAAAGGAGAUUUCCAAAAAGAGCAACUAUGAGACUCUGAUGCAGCUUGAGGCGGAGCAGAAUGACGUGCUGAACAGUGAGCAGGUCUUGGCGGACCUGAGGCGGCGCAGCACCAGCAUCACUCCCCUGAAGCUGCGGCGUGGAACCUCCUCUCGCCCCAUCACCGUGGAGUCUCUGUGCGACUGGGACAGUGAGGACGGUUCCUUGAUUAGAGGGGAGAAGCUCACCCUGAAGUCUAUUCCUGAUGAGAACUGGGACGUCAUCUCAGCUGCGGGAGUGACACAGACCCUCCCUGGAGUUUGCUUCCAGAUGCCGCCUCCAGACCCGGAAGCCAUUGACAAAGUGGACCUACUGGGCACUGAACUAGCCGAAAUCAAGAACAAACGGGCAACUGUGGAGGCAUCACUCAAGAACCACAAAAAAGAUUUCUCCAGCGCUCAAAAAGCCGCUCCUGUGUCGUCUUCCCCUCUGGACCCCAAAGCAUUAGCCAUGGCUGAUCAGCUGAAUAAACUGGACAGCGAGUUAGCUCUAGCUGAAGCGGACAUGUUGAGCCGCCUACGGACCCCAGUGAACCGGUCUGACCCCACAGGGGAUUUGGCCAAAAAACUGAGAGACCAGGAGGAAGCAGCUAGAGCUUUGAAGGCGCUGGAGCAGGAGAAACUCGCUGCCCAGGCCAAUCUGAAACCACUCCUGUCAAGUGUCCCAUCCUCUUCACUGCCUCUACAACUGUCCUCCUUCAACAACAAACAGAAUGACCUUGCUGGACUUUCUGAUCUCUUCGCUAAAAAAGCAAAUGCAUCUCUGAACCUGGAGAAGCAGAUUAUAAAAACAGAUGGCAUCGUAUCAAACUUGGAGAAAAACUUAAGUGCGGAUGGUCCCAUAAGUGAUGAGCCAAACGCAAUCCAAAAGCAUGUUGAAGACAUUCGGAGUCAGAAAAGAGAUGUGGCUGCAGCUGAAGGCGACAUGAAGAAGUUGAGCCAAGACUUAGAGCUCACAGAGCAGCUGUGCAGCUCUCUGCAGCAGAGCUACCAAGAGUACUGCCCUGACAUCCAGCGCCAACGCACUGACGUCAAACAACUGCAGACACGCUACGCAAAUGUCAGCAACCAGCUCAAUGAGAGGGAGAACCUUUUGCAAGAUGCCGGUAUCAAGGACCAAGAAUUCCAAAGCACCGCCAAAUCACUCAACUCUUUCUUGGAUAACCUGCCGACCAACCAGAUAAGCCCCUAUGACGACAUGUCCCAAAUCAGUGCAAAGCAGAGCUCUCAGGAGAGAGUUAUUGAUGACCUGAAAAGAAAAGGCGAUGAUCUUGACAGAGUGUCAGAUUUGUCUCUGGACCUUCAGAAUGUUCUCAAUGAAUAUGAGACAAAUGUGGAUAAAUACAAUGGGACACUGGAGGACAUGAACACCACAGUUGUACAGAAACCGUAUGUGCCAACUCUCGCAAGUGCCAUUCAGCUAGAGGAGAAAAAUCUGCUCAAUCGUUAUUCUGAAGCCACUGCUGAGAACACGCAGCGGCAAAAACAAAUGGAUCUUGCGAGGAAUCUCAAUGUACAAAAUGAGGAGAAAGUUCAAAUGGUGGCUCAGCAACAAGUCCAGCUUGAAAGUCAGCAAAGAAGCGUCUCAGAAUUAAGUAGUUUGAUGAGAGAGCUUGGAGACGAGAAAGAGAGAACCAGCCACACUGAGAACAAUCUUAAGUCCUUCCAAGAUAGGAUGUUGUCUCUGAAAAGUCGCAGAGGUGUAGAGCGUGUGGAGGAAAAAGAAGUGCUGCAAUAUUAUCGAGAUCCGAAACUGGAAAGUGAUCUGAUAGACCUCAAGAAGAUCCUCCACGAAGAGACUUUGAAACGCACAACGACCCAGAGUGAGAUUGAGCUAUCUAGCAGUAGAAUUACCUUAGUUGAGGACAACAUAAAAAACGCCCCACGUAAAUUGGUGACCAAAGAAGUGACGGAAUUUGAGAGAGAUCCCCAGCUUGACAUAGAGGCUGCCAAAAUCAGGAGUGAAAUUUCAAAGUUCAGGGAUGAAAUCAGGGUGAGAGAUGGGGAACAGGUUCAUGCCAGAACAGAGAUAACUAUUUUGCAGCAAAAGAGGCCACCUAUUAUAGAACGGGUGGUCAAGAAGGAAGUGGUGAAAGUGGAGCAAAAUCCAGAGAUGAUUAAGUCAGUGAGGACUUUUCAGACUGAGAUCUCAGAUGAAGGCAACAGAAUUACAAGGCUCAAUGAUGACAUCUUUCAAACACGGAGCAUGAUCAACUCCCUGGAGAGGCUUAUCCCCAACAUUCAGCCCAAGGUCAUUACAAAAGAAGUGAAGAAGAUUGAGCAGGACCCAGAACUCAUUACUGAAUCUGAAACAAUCCGGGUGAACUUGGAAAGUGAGAGGAAUGAAAACAGCGCUCUGUCCAGAGAGGUCACUGAGCUGCACAGUCGCUACAGAGUAGUGCAAGAUCUGAAACCAAAAAUUGAAGUGAAGGAAAUUGUUAAUGAGAUCUACCGGAUUGAUCCGAACACAGAAUCAGAAAUAAUGCGUCUGAGAAAAGACAUACAAGAUUUCUUCAAGCAGCGCAGUGAUACAGAUAGAGAAAUCACCCAAAUCACAUCAGAGAUCAAUCAACUCCGGUCCGUGAAACCAAAAAUAGAACAUAAGGAAGUUCUUCAAGAAGUGAUCAAGGAGGAACGCAGUCCUGAGAAUGAGAGAGAAAUACACAGGUUAAACAGUCAAGCCCACAACUUGUUCAGCACAUAUAGUUCCCUCCAAGACCAGGUGCUGCUGCUCAGAAAAGAGAGAGAUGAAUUGAAGAUAGAAAAGUCAAAGAUUGAAACUAAACUAGUCACAAGAGAAGUGAUCAAAUAUGAGAAUGACCCAAUGUUGGAGAAAGAAGCUGAUCGUUUGAGAAAAGAAAUGAGAGAGGAAGCACAGAUGAGGCGUAACAUUGAGGAGAUGGUGUAUGAUUUGAAAAAUAAAUACAUUGUACUUGAACGUCAGAAACCAGAGGAAAAGAUUGUAAUGCAAGAAGUCGUACGUUUACAAAAAGACCCACGGCAGAUUCAUGAGCAUGACCGCCUCAGUAGGAGUUUGGAUGAAGAAAUUCAGACUCGGCGUCAGACAGACCUUGAAUUGCAACAGCUGAGAACAAGGGUCGCAGAUAAAGAAAGGAUCCUUCGAGAGAGUGAUGAGAGGCAAAAACGGAUUAAAGCUGAAUCUGAGUUGCGAGAGAUCAGGCUUCGGAUCACGCAGCUGGAAAAUGCUCCACCGCCUGUUGAAGAAAGCAUUGUGGUGGAGGAAGUGAUGAAGGUAGAGAGAGAUCCCAAACUAGAAAGGAUGACAAAUGGUUUACGAGUUGAUAUGGACAAGGAAACAAGUGAUGUCCUACGCCUUCAAAGAGAGAUUCGUAACCUUACAGUGAGGCUGGAGAUUUUGCAGAAGGAGAAAUCAGGUGAGAAGACAGUGUACAAAGAGAUUGUACGUGUUGAAAAGGACCAGGCAGUGGAAGCAGAACGUGAGCGUCUUCGUGAACAAGUGACACAGCAAAGAUUUGCUAGAGAAGAUGUAGAAGAUGAACUGAGGCGGCUGAAGGACAAGAUCAAUCUCCUGAUGAGCAGCAAAUCCAGCACCUCCCGAGAGGAGACAACACUCAUUAUGAACAGAGAUGCCAUGCAGAGAGAGAAGGAGGACCUUAUCCGAGAGAUGCGGACACUAGAAACCAAGAGCCAUGAUGUCAGCCUGUCCUUCCAGCAGCACAGCAAACUUAUGAGUGAGAGGACACAGACGUCGCGACAAAGGAGCAUUAAGAUGGAAUCUGAUGUCCAGCGACUAGAGAACGAUAUCCUCAAUGAGAAAGACAAGAUCCACUCAAAAGAUACUAUCAUUAGAGAGCUUACCCUUAGUCUGCAAAAAGAAGAAAAUGCAGAGACACGAACCAAAGAGACCAAUGUUUCCACAAAGAUCACCAUUUUGGACCCAGAAACAGGCCGAGACAUGUCCCCUUAUGAUGCAUAUUUACAGGGGCUCAUAGAUCGUGCACAAUAUACUCACCUUCAGCAACUGGAAUGUGACUGGGAAGAGCUCAGAGGCUACUGGAGGCUCAAGCAGCCACAGGAGGAAUUAUAG